GCGAUAUUUCUGCUCUGAAACAGGAGGGAACAGAUAGACACUGCAAGAAGUGAGCAGCUCCUCUCAUACACACACACUCCACUGUAGACAUGAUUCACCCUCUGAUUCUCUCUGGGAUUUUACUUUACAUCUCAGGUGCUGCUGUUCAUACACUGAAACUUAAUAUAGCAGUGAAAUCUGGAUCAUCUGGCAUUAUUCCAUGCGUGUAUGAUAAACAAUAUAAAGAAAACCGCAAAUAUUUGUGUAAGGGACUAGUUUGGAGCUCUUGCCGUAUAUUGGCAUAUGCAAAUGAGACGGGAAAAUAUUCCAUCACUGAUUAUUCAGACCAGAGUAUUUUUACAGUGCGAUGGGACAGUCUGGAGACCGCAGACUCUGGAAAAUACUGGUGCGCUGUGGAGAUUGGUGACUAUGGCACCAUAGACACUAGUUAUUAUUUGUAUCUGACGAUACAAUCAGCUCCUGAUGUGUCUGUGGAGAGCAGCAGUGUAUCUGGACAUGAAGGUGGUAAUGUCAGUGUCCAGUGUUUCUACACUUCUGGAUAUCAGUAUAAACUCAAACAGUGGUGCAGAUAUAAAGAUCAGAGCUGUUACACAGUGGGGAGGAAUGACACAUCCCAGAAUUCAUCAGUUCAGAUCAGUGAUGAUGGGAGAAGCUCCUUCACUGUGCUGAUGACUGGACUGAGACUCAGUGAUUCUGGAUGGUACUUGUGCUCAGUAGGAGAUCUGCAGGUUCCUGUUCAGCUCAAUGUCAAUGAACCCAAUCGUGUUCCUGAUGUGUCUGUGAUGAACAGCAGUGUAUCUGGACAUGAAGGUGGUAAUGUCAGUGUCCAGUGUUUCUACACUUCUGGAUAUCAGUAUAAACUCAAACAGUGGUGCAGAUAUAAAGAUCAGAGCUGUUACACAGUGGGGAGGAAUGACACAUCCCAGAAUUCAUCAGUUCAGAUCAGUGAUGAUGGGAGAAGAUCCUUCACUGUGCUGAUGACUGGACUGAGACUCAGUGAUUCUGGAUGGUACUUCUGCUCAGUACGAGAUCUGCAGGUUCCUGUUCAACUCAUUGUCAUUAAACCCAAAUGUGUGACAAAUAUUCCAACAGCUCCACCAUCUGACUCUGAGACAGACAUGUUCACAACUCAGUCAUCUGCCAACAGAAAUCCUACAACAGUUACGACUACAGACUCAAGACCUGAAACACACAUAGAUGAAACCAACCCGUCUCUAAUAGCGGCCUCAGAGACUAUUGCUACAGAAAUACACAGCAAGGAUGAGCAAAACAAGGAUUUAAGGCAUGUAAAUAUGCUUUUGUUUCAAAAGAUGAACUUGCUAUGCAUUAAAAAUGAGAAUAGUUUUGUAUGAUAAACACAAAUAUGUCUCCAUCACUCUAGGCA